CGCCCCCUGGAGUUCAGCCUGAGCUGCCCGCAGGUUGGAGGAUCAGAUCUGAGAAGGCAGGAGGAACACCAGCCCCCGACAUGCUGCCGCCCGUGGAAGGAGGGCGCCGGGCGCCGCGGCAGCGAGGCGGGCAGGGCGCGCAGGACGGGCAGGGCGCGGAGCGGCGCCCGCACAGGCCCGAGCCGUCGCCGCCCGGCUGGGCGCUUCAGCUGGAGGAGCUGGCCGCCCUGUCCCCCGCGCGGCUCCGCCGCCACCUGCUCUUCGCCGACGUGCUGGAGGACGUGGGAGCCGACGACUCGGUCUUCCCGCGCGAAUCGGUCGAGCUGGGCUACCGGGUGCCCGACCCCCGCGACUGGGCACAACCGUCCACGCAGCCCGCAUACCGCCAGGACCAGCUGCUCGGCGUGCUCAAGGCAGCCGAGGCCCGCGGGCGAGUGCGCGCCAUGCGCCUGCGCUACAUGCGCAUGAGGGCAGAGGAGAUCACGCUGCUCAUCCAGCGGCAGAAGUCCGCGCGCGCCGCCAUGCGCCUGGAGCUGUUCCUGCCGCCGCAGCUGAAGCCCACGCGCAUCCCCGACCCCCUCGACCGGCAGGAGGUGCUUGGCAACCCCGUCGGGGUGGGGGGGACUAGGAUGGGAGGACCCGGGACCCAGCACCCCAACUUCUCCCCCCAACAGCGGAGACGCGUGGAGACCAUCCUGGAGGAAAAAGUCGAGGACAGCAUCUUCCCACGGUGAUGGUGCUGGGUGCGGUGGGGGCUUGUGUAUGAUGGGGGCCCCCGCCGUCCUCCCACAUAAAGUUCACAUUUUUCAAGUGUC